UUCCGUGAGUAAUAUUGCUGUGUGUGCUUUAGAAGGAAAGAAGCGGCAAGGGCUUCUUUUGCUCUUUCGGCGACGAGGGAAUGGCGCGGGUGAGGAUCGCCGCGCAAUGCUGGAGAUCAUCCCAGCUGCGCCGGCGCUAGAACCCUAGCUCCGCGAGGAAAGAGGUCAAGGGUUUAGGUGCCAUUGGAAUCACAGCGGCCAGGAUUCUCAAUCUCUCUCCAUGGAAGAAGGCGAUAGGAAGACUUACGGCCUCGCCAAUACCGCGCACACGGAGAUUGCGCAGUCGCUGCCGCUGCCGAGCCUUCCAAUCGGGUUUGGAGCGACGAGCCAGGGAUUAUCGCUGUUUGAGGAGAAUGAGCAUGCAGCGCGGCUCCAGGGUGCUAGAGAUGCCGCGAUCAUGUCCAAGGCCGGGAAAAUUGCGGAGCUUCUCGCCAAUACCGACUCGAGCUACAUCACCUUGAAAGACGAGACAUCGAUUCCGCCCGUUGUGGCAGAGCCUGGAAGCUUGGCGGCCGCUGUUCUUAAGUUUAAUCCCCAAGCAUUUAGUUGCCGUUCUUCAGCUCCCUUGAAAGCUGAGGUGCCUAAAGCGAAGUCACAGCCAUCAUCUUUCGCAGCACGUACAGGACCUUUGCAAAACUCAGAGGAUCACGAAGAGCAGUCUACCGUAAAAAAGCCCAGGCUAAAGCGUAAGCACCAGCAUGAUGCGGAUCAUCAAGGCAAAGAAAAGCGGGCGGCAGAUUCUGGACGUCGUGAACCGAAACAAAAUGGUAUCACCAGUGGAAUAUGUGAGCUUUUGAACGAGUUCCUUGAGAGGUCAGACACUCAUGGUGAUCCUGACGGUGAAGAGGAAGGAACGACCCUGUCCCUCCAAGAGAUGAAAUCAAUCUCGGAGGAGAUCACCUCACUUCAUGCAAAGGCUGCUGUGUCUAAGAUCCCUUCCGAGCGGCUUAUCAAGCUUUUAAAUUUUCUGGACCGGCACGUCAGGCAUGCUCAUUUGAAGGAAAUAGACGAAGGAGAUGACGUAGAGUCCGACAAUUUUGAGAUUGUCAUGACCGCGUUAGAGGCGGUUCAAGUAACAUUGAUGAUCAUGUCCUCUCCUAAAAUGCCCAAGCAGAUUUACAAGGAAGAGGUCAUCGAUAGAAUCAUAGAGUUCACGCGGUAUCAGAUUGUCCAUAGUGUUUUUACGGCAUAUGAUCCUCUUUACCGACAAGUUCAUAAGAAUGGUGGCGACGAAGAUGAAGUGGACGAGGAAGAAGAAGAUGAAGGAAAAAGGGGCAGGCGAAAGAGUCGAUCAGGGAAGCCUAAGAAACUGACAUCCUCUAGGGUGUCUACUGCUGUCUCUAUAGUUCUUCAUAAGCUGUGUAGCAUACUUGCGCUUUUGAAGGACCUAUUAUCAGUGGAGAAACUUCUUGAUAGUACCAUUCUUCAACUAAUGAAGACUGUUCUCGGCACGUUUGGUGUUGACAAUAUACAACUAUUGCAGUUAAAAGCGAUUGGCGUUGCCAGCAUGGUUUUCAACAUCUACCCGCAGCAUCAGACGGUAAUGAUCGACGAGCUUUUGUCCAUGUUAUGGAAGCUCCCUUCUUCGAAAAAGAACCUGAGGACAUAUCAUCUACCAGAGGAAGAACAUAAGCAGAUACAGAUGCUAGUAGCAUUACUUCUUCAACUGGUGCAGUGCAGCGUUGCUCUUCCGGAAUUGAGAACUGGACAGGAGAAGGCCUCUACCGAUACUAGAAAAUGCUUUGAACCUGCAGUUAGCAUAUGCAAUUACUUCUGGAGGAAUGUCUUUCAACGAUGGGCUGUGCCAAAGGCUCAAGAAGGUUCGGAUGUCAAAGUAGUGAUGGAGAACCUAGUAUUGGAUCUGUUGGCGACUAUAAAUGUUCCGGAAUUUCCAGCUGCAAGCCUUCUCCUGCAGGUGCUUUGUGUGCUGCUUUUAGGCCCCGCAGGGGUAAAAUCCAAAGAUGUUCCAGUCCGGGUUUCUGCCAUUGAUAUCCUCGGUCAAAUUGCUGCACACUUGAAAAGAGAUACGGUGGCUUAUAGCAAAGAUAACCUUUGGAUACUACAGGAAACUCAGGAAGGUCCUAGCGGCUUCGCAAAAGAUGUCUGUACAAGCUGUGGUCACUCGAAAGCCAAUAAGUUCAUCCUGCGGUGUGACAGUUGCAAACGGUGGUUUCACGGAGAUUGUGUCGGUGUUACUGGACAAGAUCUUAUUGGGAGAGGAUGGUUUUGUCACUGCUGUCUCUGUAGAAACCAACUUGCUUCCUUCGACCCAGGAUCGAGUGGAAAGUCCCAUGAUACUUACAAAGUUCCUGAAGAUGGAGCAGUUAUCGUUCAGCAGAUUCUCUUGAAUUUCUUACGGGAAACUGGUAGCGGAGACAACGUCUCUUUUUUCGCUCGGAGAUUUUAUUUGUGCCUUUGGUACGGGUAUGAUCCGCAAGGGUUACAAAGUCUUGCUUUUUACCAUUGGAGAUGGGGAUCGAAAGCUCCACAUCAGGACUUCGGAAUUACGUCUAAUGCCAUUUCUCGAGACAUCAUUGUUCGCAUAACUAGAGCACUGGGACAACAGAGGCCGCUAGCACGAGGAUUUGAUAGAAUUUUGGAGCGGCUUCUGGCAAGCCUGCAGGAAAAUGCAUCUAAUCCUCGAGCAAAAGCUUUGAAAGCGGUUAGUGCAAUCGUUGAAGUCGAUCCUGGAGUACUAGCUGAUGAAAGAGUACAGAAAGCCGUUGAAGGCAGAUUUAUGGAUUCGGCUAUAUCCGUGCGAGAAGCUGCGAUGGAACUUGUUGGCCGCCACAUUGUAUCUCGUCCGGAUGUAGCUAUCAAGUACUUUGAUCGGCUAUCUGAGCGCAUUAUGGACACUGGUGUCAGUGUGAGGAAGCGGGUCAUAAAAAUUCUUCGUGAUUUUUGCUUAUUGGCGGGUGGAUUUCCAAAAGCAACCGAUGCAUGCAUCCGUGUUAUUUCUCGAAUCAAUGAUGAUGAAGCCAGCAUUCAGGAUCUCGUGUGUAAGACAUUUUAUGAACUUUGGUUUGAAGAGCAUCCUGGGCAGCAGACUCAGUUUGUUGCCGACGGAAGUAUUGUCCCUUCUGAGAUUGCUGAACGCGUACAACAAAUCGUGGAUGUCUUAAAAAGUCUUCCAAACCAUCAGCCGAUAGUGAUGAUUAUCAAGAGAAGCCUAACCUUAGAUUUCAUUCCUCAAGGUUCAAAGACGGCUGCUCCAACCAAUAUUUCUCAGGCUGCCGUGCGUAAUCGAUGCGAACUCAUGUGCAAGUACCUUAUGGAGUGCAUCCUGAAGGCCGAAGAGACGUCCGAGGAUUCAGAGGUUCAGGCGUUGCCUUAUGUGUCAGCUUUGCAUGCAUUCUGCAUAGUUGAUCCUACUCUUUGCGCACCUGCUUCUGAUCCAUCACGGUUUGCGGUAACCUUGCAGCCAUAUUUGAAAACACUGGCUGAUAAUCGCGAUAUAGCGCAGCUUUUGCAAAGCAUUGUUUAUGUAAUUGAUACGGUUCUCCCGCUACUCAGAAGACCGCCUCAAAAUCUCGUGGAAGAACUAGAGCGAGAUCUGCGACAGCUCAUUGUUCGGUAUUCAUUCUUAACCGUCGUUCAUGCAUGUAUAAAAUGUUUGGCUUCCUUGACAAAAAUCUCUUCCAAGAAAGGAGUCGUGUUUGAUUUCCUAGUCCGGCAAUUCUACAAAGUUCUCGAGUCGUGGCAAAACAGUGAAAUGAUUCAAGAGAAGCCAAACAUUCUUCGUUCUUUGUUUUGCCUCGGGUUAUUUGUCCGGUACGGAGCAGAGCUUAUCGAUGGCAUGAAUGACCACGAUGUUACUAUGAAUAGCGUUUUAAAUUUGUACACACACUACCUUCAAAGUGAAGAUUUUGAAGUCAAGGUUAAGGCACUACAAGCGGCAGGAUUUGUGUUUCUAGCGAGGCCAGAUUUUAUGAUGAACGAGAGCAUUGGAAAGGUUUUGGGGGAUUCAUUGAUUUCCAAAGCUGAUACGCGAUUGAAGAUGCAAACUCUUCGGAACUUUUACGAGUAUCUGCUCGACGUGGAAAAACAAAUGGGAUUGGCAAAUGCGAAGGAUGGCGAAAGCCGAGACGCUACAACAGCUGUUCCUAUUGCGGCAGGGGCAGGCGAUAGUAACAUAUGUGGGGGUAUAAUUCAGCUACAUUGGGACCGUAUCCUGGAAAGGUGUCUGGAUAAAGAUGAGCAGGUCAGGCAAGCUGCGAUUAAGGUUGUUGAUGCAGUUUUGCGUCAGGGUUUAGUUCAUCCCAUGACGUGCGUACCUCAGCUUAUAGCACUUGAAGUAGACCAACAAGAAGGCAUAUCUAAGCUUGCUCAUCGUUUGCUAAGCAAUCUAAACGACAAAUAUCCAUCGUUCUUUGAAACUCGUCUUGGCGACGGAUUGCAGUUGUCCUUCACCUUCAUUCAGACUGGUGCAACACACGCUUCACGCGUGAAAAACAAAGUCGACCAAAACGAGGCUGCUUUUGCGCGCGCAGGAAUUUCUCGUAUAUACAAGCUCAUUCGGGGGUCGCGGAACUCAAGAAACAAGUUUUUGGCAUCCGUAGUUCGCAAGUUCGACUGGAUAACAUCACAAGCAUCCACAUCUUUUUUGAUGUAUUGCACCGAGAUUCUUGUUUCAUUGCCGUUCAAUCUGCUGGAAGAACCUCUCUAUUUGAUAUUCGCCAUCAAUCGCAUUCUGCAAGUCCGAGCAGGUGACCUUGAGGCGAGCAUCAAAGCGGAGUUCCAACAGGAACCACUUUGUGGUUUGAUGAAGCAAACCGCACCAGAUGCAACAGAAGAAGGCACUUCAAUUCAGGUUCCCCAAGAGGUGUUGAAACACCUACAGGUUCAGUCCGAUGGGGCAGUGGCGUUAUCUUUGCUUUUAAAGAUGAAAAGGCACUUGAAAAUCACGUUUUGUCUUGACGAUGCUCGGUGUCAGGCCUUCCAACCCUCAGAUCCUGUAAAGUCCGCGGAGGUAGUUUCAAGACAAGCCGCCAAAGACUUCGAUUGUACUGACAUCUUUGCUAAACAACCGGAGAAUGUGGCUGAAGUUGUACAACGCUAUCAGCUAUUCAAAUCUUUGCUAAAAGCUGACACAAUGGACUACUCUGCUUAUGCACCGCCUGCUUCAACGAGAAAGAGGGGUCGUUCCUCUGCAGCGGCGGAUGGUCUUUACCAAGGCAACGGGCAUGCCGGGAGUAAGCUGCGGAGGAAAAGUGCGCCUCCUGCUCCUGCUAGUGACGACGAUGGAGAUCCCGACGCGGAGGAAGAACAUGGAAGAACGCCCUCAAAGCGAAGGAAAGGCAAGAGCAGAAAACCAUAGCUUUUCUCUCCUUUUCCUUUUUCCAUCUCCACGAUUUUGGCUGACUGUAACAUACUUCUUUGCCUGAGAACCUCGCUCUCUAAAACUCCUCUCUUGUAAGUACCCCUCUUUUCCUCUUCCUACAUUCUGACAGUUGUAAAUCAUUUCUUUUGUGGAUACUCACCAUUGAAUCAUUGCAAUGCAACCGGCAAUCAAUCGAGACAAAAAA